AUGCAGGUCCAGUCACCCCAGCCCUUGUCCAGGCUGUCGGCGGACAUUCCCCUCUUGGAAGGUACUCCGGUCGAUGGAUCGCCACAACAUCGAGACGUCCUCCAGGAGCGUUACGCUGCGCAGUCUCACAACACUCAUAGCAGUACAGCUUCGCCACAAGUGGGACAAAGAAGCAGUCUCAGCCCCUCCGACAGCUCUCACGCACAGCGGAGCGUCGCCACAGGAAACUAUUACACGGGCAAUGUACACGCACAACACAUCGGAUUGGCAGGCUUCGGCGUCGAGAGAUCGGAGAAGCAGAUCAGAUGCGAACUCGGGCGACUAUACAAGCUACUUCAGCGGUCAGAGAAGUACCAGACAUAUCGCGAAAAGCAACCAGCUCUCACACCGGCCGAAGUCGUCGCGAGAGACGCUGCAGAGAAAAAAGAGCAGGAAAGGAGAAAGGCACAGGGACUACAGCAGGAGAAGGACAAGACCGUCUGGCCUGACUUCUUAGAACAAGCCUUCUGGACGGCACUCGUACGAUGGCCACCAAUGGGUCGGAAGAAAUACAUGCUCGAAGGCACUCAGCGAGGGCGGAAUGAGCUGAUCCAGGAUUCUAUUUACAGAGACACCGGUAUCAGACGCGAUCGCAAACAGGUUUCCAGCCAUCUCCAGGUCCUGAAGGACAAGCUCAGAGGUGUUCCUGCUGUCCUACUCUACAUGGCCACACCAGAGGACGUCUCUAAGCGCCGAUCUACGAAUACAUCCGCCCGAUCAUCCUAUUCGUCACAGCUGCAUGUCCGCCAACAUGCGCAGCGCACAGAGUCUGUUACCAAAUCCGAUUCCAGUACCUCCUCGCCGCACGUUUUGCCGCAUUGUAGCGGCCCACAAUCCGACCUCGCCCUGGGUUCCGGCCCGGAUUCUGAUGCGCUGUCUUCUUCAUUCGCAGUCACGGGCUUCAAGAUCCUCCUUGAGGGUGAUCAUCAGCCUAUGCACUGGGUGGCUCAAUCACAAUCGCAUGGCAGGCUCGAUAGCUCGGAUGUUGUAGAUCUUGCCUCUUGGCGCCAUCAAUACCGCGAGUUUGACUUCCUCCGAUCCGAGACCGAGGAAUGGAUGGAGAACGGUCGGAAAGUGUUGGUCGGUACCGCAUCUACUGCCUUGAUGACAGAGGUGCCGCCAGAUGCCGACCUAACCAUCAUCUUCGAUCUUCACUCGCAUUCCGAUUUGUCAAGAUACGACUAUGUGGAGUGCAUGACGCGAUUUUACAACAACGGCGACAACGUAAUCGACCCGCAAUUUGACCGCGCGAGGCAUGACCGGGAAGAAACGCGAUCCACUUGCGAAUAUCGGCGAGACAUCCAAGGCUCUCAAGGUGUCCUAUGCGUGCAAUUUAGGACGCAGCCAUGGGCGAGGCAUAUGAGGGAGAACCAGAAUCUGACGCACAGAAGCGAGGAAAGUGUCAAAGAAUCGCUUCAACACCUGGCAGCAAUACAGUACAUAUAUGGUGUUGUUGCUAACACAGGCGAGGUCCGAUGCCUCACUACAGUUCUUUGGAGGUUCCAGCAGACGAGUGAAUCUGCAGAAGUUGGCAACAUUGAGUGGCGUUCCGUGAAGUUCGCUGAUCAUCGGUCAGCUGCAGGAAAAAGAUCUUAUUAUGAGGCAAUAUCCAAGACUGAAGAUUCGGAAGACACGGAACUUGGUCAUAAGCGUACUCCGGCCAUACUAACGUCUACACAUAUGGAUACGACGCCUUAUUACCAAACUACACAACUACCGCUGGACUUGGCACAGACACAUAUAAGCCACCACUCAUACGAGACUGAGUCUCACCAUGCUUACUUGCCACCAACUCUCUCCGUCGAUGCUCUCGGAUCCAUGCAACCAGAUUCAGACCAUUUCGACACCUCGGUGGCCACCACUACCGCUGAGUUCUCUGGCGAAAGCUUCGCACUAUCACGUACUUCAGGCAUGGCAUCGCCGAACACACAAGGCAAUGACUUCAACUUCAACGGCGGGCACGUGGGUAUCAGAGGCAACUUCGAAUCUGGCAACCCCCAGGUAUAUGGAGGCUUCGUUAGCCAAAGUACUGGACAUGAGGGAUUGCAUACGCUUGCUGGACUGGAGCACGAUGAACUCGCAACCAUAGGGCUUGCUGUCGGCGAACAUGGACAGCUGAUUCCAGUGGAUGCAAACAAUGAUCUGCACUACUCCACCAAUGCAGCUUGCUAUUCGGCCAAACCCAACUGGCAACACGCACACCUCGUCUCGCACCUCGAGAACGCAGCAGAACAGUACCGCCCUUACCUGAGCCAUGAUGGCCAUGCUCAGAGAAAGAUGGAAGUCGAUACGCCCACUCCUCUACCCACUUCCUUUGGAGGUGCACAUGCAGGAGCUCUGGACGCGAGUACGCCACUUGACGGCGUGAUCAGCAUGGACGAUUUCAUGAUCCAGAACAAACACGCGCAUGAAGCCCAGAAACUCGUCAAGGAAACCAAGCAGUCUACAUCUGCUCCUCCCUCAAAGAAGCCCAAAACUCCCAACCAAAAAGCCACCCCUCUUAUUCCUGUAGCAGUCGGCGCGCGCUCAUCCCGGCACACCAUCCUCCUCCACGAAAAGUACCAAGCCCUCGGCAUUCCCCAACCGCUCUUCACUUACGGAGGGGGCAGUGAAACAGGCUGGACUGUUUCCGUUUCUUUCCCUGGUCUAGAUGAUGCGGAGGAGCUGCAGGGACUGAAGUUCGAGGAAGAGAGGAAGUUUAAUAGUAAGCAAGAAGCCAAGGAGGCUAUGAGUCAGAAGGCGUUGGGUGUGUUGGAGGAGUUGGAGAAGGAGGGCAGGGUCAAGAAAGGUGGGAAGGGGAAGAAGAAGAAGGGGGGUAAUGAGGAGGAGGGGAAAGUUUUGGAGAAGGGGAAGGAGGAGAAGGAGAAGGGGCCGGGGGAGAAUUAUGUUGGGAAGCUACUUGAGUUCCAGCGCGCAACCGACUCCCCCCAACCCACAUACACCGACUACCAAUCCGGGCAACGUUUCUCCUGCAUCAUCACCAUCGACGGCGAAGACCAACCCUUCGGCUCCAUCUCAAACCUCUUCUCCUCAAAGAAAGCCGCGAGGCAAGACGCCGCCCGCCACGCCGUCGACCACUUCAAAAGCCUGGGUACCUGGCCCACUGACGACACAGCCGUCGGCGGCAUCCGCAAGAGAAAGAAAGCCUCCCCCAUCGACCCAGAAACCAUCUCAAUAUCACCACUACUAGACAACUCCAGUUCCCCCUCCACAACCCCCAUCCAAGCAACAACACCCACCCCCGCGCCCCCAGGCACACCCUCCUACGCCUCCCGCGUCGCGACCCUCGCCGUUACGCUCGCCCUGCCCACACCAGAAUGGAACUACACGCCCCACCCCUCCGAUCCUACAUUCCACAGCGUAUGCUGUUUCUUUAAAGGCGCGGGACAGCACGAGGGACCUAUCGGUGAGGUACGCAAUAUUUACGGCAGGAAGAAGGCGAAGGAGGAGUGUGCAAGGUUGACGCUGGAGUAUUUGCAAGAGGUGAAGGAGGAGAGGUUGAGGUAUGGGAUUAGUGUUAUGAGGGGGGUGCUAGGCGAGGAAGGUGUUGAAGGUGUUGUUGGGGCGGGUUUGGGCAGGGUUGGACAGGUUGAAGGAGAGGAGAAGAUGGUUGAGAGUGUGGGUGGGAAGGUGAGGUUGGGUAUGGGGCUUGAUGGUGUGGAUGAGAGGAUGGGGGAUAUGGAUAUGGAUAUGGGGGAGAGUAGUGAGGAUGAGGUGUUUGCUGAUGCUAUGGAGGGCUAG